UCGUGAGGACUUGGGGCUGGGCCUUGCGGCCCGGGAGACCCGCAAGGUGGAGGUUCGAUCCUUCUUCGAGAGGUCCAAAGAUCAGCGAUCCUGUCAUAACAUUCGCGAGCUCAUGGACACUGGAGAGUAUGUCUUGAGCCAAUUACGCAAAGGAAUCCUGCCUCCUCAAGGAUGAUCUUCCUUUAUCCAAGAGCUGCUGCUGAGUUAAAUCUCCCGAUCACCGGAUCGUGCGGCAAGAAUACACAAGUCACGCAAGGAGGGAUUGGACACGAUUGGCGGCAGCGCGUGUGCCGCAGGGGGCACUCCCCACGCUCUCGAGCAAUUGGACGUGCUCAUGGAUUUGCCGAGCCUUGUGGCGCCUACACUAGAAGACAUUACGGGUUGGCUCCAGCAACAGAACGAGGAGGCGCAGCUUGCGUACGAGGAGCAUGAACUCGAGGAGAAGUGGAACGAGAUCCGACGGUCCAAUGAAGACUUGAUUCCGAUCGGUCAGAGACCAGCGGACGGUACACAUGACGAUUACGAGCAGGAUGUCGAAGAUGAGGACGCUGACAACGUCGAAGAUGAAAGCGAAACAGACGAGUUUGAACAAGAGCCAGUUUGACUUUGACUUUGACUUUGACUUUGACUUUGACUUUGACUUUGACUUUGACUUUGACGUAACUUUUUCCUGCAGCUGCAGGAGCUACUAACAUGUCCUCCAAGUUCCAAUCUGAUGGUCCCAUUUUGAUGGGCCCAAAUUUGCACCCCUUGAUGGAAGAAGAGUUUGCCGCUCGAAAUUUGGAAAGAGAAAUUGAAAGGAAGGGGGGUGAGGGGAAGAUGGGGUGCAAUGGAGGGGAUAUUAUUUCAGGGGGGCGAUGGUGGGACACCUAAUUGGGGGGGGAGUGGGGGCACCUAAUUGGGGGGGGGAGGGGAGAGGGGGGGGUGUUGGAGAAAUUCAUUGGUUGGAGAUUACCACUCAAGAAAGAGUCGUGCUAACACAAUGUAGGAUUGUGCGUAGGUAUUUUUUUUCGUGUUGUACGUACAACAUAAGAGGAUUUUAUUACGAACAAGUGGUACAACAUAAGAGGGUUUUAUUACGAACAGGUGGACCCGCCGCGGCUCCGCUUGCGGCGAAAAGAGCAGAGAUUGUGAGGAUCGAGGACGUAGAAAUUCAGUAUUUGAUAUGGAUGGCAAAAACGAA